AUGCUGUCUUUUAUGUCCCAGAAUUUGAAAAUGUUCAUCCCGCAUCAGGUCGAAAUUUAUUCCCGUUCUUGGAACUUUUUACCAGUUUCUGGAGUUUCACUAAACGCUGCAGGUCUUGUGGCCAUCGCAGAAGUUUCCGUGCUCGCUAAACGGACCGCUCUAACUGGUACUUCAGCUCUUCUCGACAUCCUUGUCCUCUGUCCCGGUAUACAUCGACAACAGUCGGCGCCCGAACUCAACAACGGCGAGCACCCAGCGGUCGCCGCCCUGACAUCUGGAUAUGUCUUCCGCGUUGAAAAUCCCGCGACGGUGCUCUUCCUGCAGAAGAUGGGCGUCACUGGCCAUCUCACAUAUCUAAGAGUUACUAGCACUUCAGCUUUGAAAACAAAUGGCAAACUCGGACGGACAUUGGACGCAGUGUUUCCAAUACUUGCACUCUCCAGUAUCUCAACCAUCCCCUACCUCCUUGCCCCCAUCGCGUCGCUAGCAGUCCUAGCAGUUUUAAUUGUCGCGCGGGACUGGUGGGGCGUCUCUGCACUGGUCGCGUUAAUUUUCGCUCGCUUCUGCAAUGUACUCAUCAUCCGCCGACGAAGCACGAUUGGCUGGAAAGGUGCCUCUGAGCCCGGUGUUCAGGGUGAUCUGCUCAUCCUGCUCAGCCAAGACCGCUGGAUUAGACUUCAGGGGGCGGUAGAUGAUUUAAAGGCUGUGACGUCAGGUCAAUGGCUACGAGACUGCUCCUUUAUCGAAGACUCGAUCACCGCAUUCGCAACAUUGCUUGUUUAUACCGACGUCGCUCUUGUCAGCAACGUUAGCAAAUCGGGACAGAUUCUAAUUCUCGCGCUUUUCGUCUUCUCGACAGCUUUGCUAGCCUGCGCGAACGCAAUGACAUCAGAACUCUACAUGCAUGGCAGGAGAAUCUCGGCCAUGGGGAAGUCUAUAAAGUAUGCUAGAAGAUUGGACCUUGCUAAUGAACUUAUCCAAGAGACGAAACGGGAGGAUUGGGCCCUGCGUCUGGGGAUGAUUGUCCGCCAGUCUCGAGAAGCGUCAACAAGCACAACCGAUGGCGCUGGUGGCUCUAGUUCAAUCAAGGGCUACACCAUGGCGAAACGCAUUAGCACGAACUUUCACGAGCAAUUCCUCGCACAGAUUGGGGUUGGCUUUUUGCAAAUGCGUUUGCUGCAAAAUGAUUUGAACUCCCAGGUGUUCUAA